UUGAUAAUACUUGUUUUGAAUAUUCAGCUUAUUUAAUUAAAAUUAAUGUGAUAUUAUUAUUGUUUUGAUAUUCAAGUUUGUCCAAAUUAAUGAAAAAAUGUUUGUUAUUUGUGGGUUAUUCAUGAGACUUUUGUUUGUAUUCUAUCAUAGCCGAAAUAUGUUUCUUCAAUAGCUGAAUUUUGUAAUCGCCAAAACUUGAAAUUUUUCUUUGAUUGUUGAUUGUUCCAAUUCAACCCUGAUCGACAGCGAUUUCAUGAAUGAAAUAUUUUGAUUAGCCAAAGACGACCUCCUCUCCGCGCUUUCACUGGUGAAGUCCGCGCGUUGAUUUCCUGCCGAGGGGACUCUCUAAUCAGUUACAUUUGUGCGUGGUUUUGGAUCGGUUGUUCUGCAUCUCGCAGUUCGCGACCAUUAAGGAUGAGAGAGUGCGGAAUUUGCUGGUUACUUCUGGCUGGAUUAGGAUUUUCAGCGUUGUUUUCUGUUCAAUCAGGUACUAUUAAUGCGGUUAGCGAUGAUGCUUCUGAAGAAUCGGUGGAAACUUCCAGUGUGCCAGCUUUCGUUCGAAGUCGGUUCAAUUUAAGGGUGUGGUCAACGACGGAGGCUCCAAAUGGGACGGAAACGACGACCACGGUGAAGCCAAAGCGUCCAAAAACCACAACUACAACGGAAGUAGUUGAUCUUGAAGUGACUACCAGUGAGCUCGCCGUAAACGAAGUGACCUCCACGGUGUCUUCAACGACGGUCGCGGAAGACGUUGUUGUGACUACGGUUAAACCGAAGCAACGGCCGUUAUCCGCGCCACAGUGUGGUGAACUCAAUGGUGACGAUGUCCCGUGGAUCGCCAUCCUGGAACACACAAAUCCGAGCGGAGGUGGAGGAUCCCGUAAGAAAACUUUGAGCAAGGGAGUUCUGAUCGAUGACCGGCACGUACUGACCACGAUCUCCAGCAUACACAAUUCGUACCCCUUCUGGGUGGUGUCCGGAAUUCGGCUGGGUGACGUUCCCACGUGGUCCCAAUCGGAAGGUGGUCGAGACCUCCGCAAGCGAGAAGUAGUCUCAAUCCCAGUAAAGAACGUCUUUCUACAUGAAAGAAAGGACAUCGCCGUAAUCCGUCUUGCCGAGCGGGUUAACAUUACGGAACGCAUCAGGCCGGUGUGUCUUCCCGGCAGUGACAGGUUCAACUAUACGGAACUUCACUUUCACAUCUGCAAGAAGGACAAACAGCAGUUUGGCCGGACUAGCUCCUUCAGUAAACUAGUCGCGGUGACCUCGUUGACCCAGAAGGACUGUCAGAUUCUGUUCCGGAGGCACCAAGCUGAGCUGGGCCCGAAAGAGUUUUGUGCGUGGGACGAAACGGGGGACAAUUGCACGGGAGAUUUGGGAGGUCCGUUGAUGGUGAAGUUGCAGGGACGUUACCACGUAGUGGGGCUUAACUCGUAUGCGUUGGCGAAGUCAAAAAUCGACAGCGAAGGACUUCCCGGUGUGUACGUCCGAGUGGGUUCGUUUAUCAAGUGGAUUCAUGCAGUGCUGAAAACAGAAUUUGACGAUUCGCCCUAAUGUCGCUCACUUAACACGUAACAGCAACUCAGGUGAAUGGCUGAAAUGAUCUGUAGGUACUUGUAUUAAGUUUGAACAGGAAGAAGUUUUACAAAAAGUGAAAACCAAUAAAGUUGUUGAAACAAUAAUUGUAUUAC